AAUAACUGUAAUAUCAUAAUAAUCAUAUCAAUAUGAAUAUAAUAAUAUGUAUCUAGAAUUAGCCUAGAUGAUAGGUAGAUGAUAGGUGGAUCAGGAUGGCUGCCUGGUCGUGCGGUUUGCGCACUGGACUGUCGUUCGGACUUAUCAAUAGUCCCGGGUUCAAACCCUGCUCGCUCCCAUCCCCUGUCGUCCUGCGGGAGGUUUGGACUAGGAAGUAAUUAUCUUCAACUCUGAAGGAACAUCCGAAACAUCUUUUUAAACAAUGAGCGAUAAACCCCCACCUCCAGAGGUUUACCCAGGGCCAACACCAUAUCCUACAGCAGCAGGUCAAGGUUAUGUCCCUCCACCUGUAGGUUUUCACCCAGAUGUAGCUCCUCCAGCCGCUGGCUAUCAGGCAGGUGGCUACCCUGCAGGGGGAGGCUACCCAACUGGUGGAGGCUACCCUCCCAGCCAGCAGUACCCUGGAUAUCCAAAUCCUCAAGGGGAUGUCAUUGCAAUGCAACCAAUGCCUGGUGGACACCCCAACCCAGGGUAUCAACAACCUUCCAGUGAUUCAGUGGCUGUGCAACCAAUGCCUGGAGCUCCUCCAGCUCCAGCUGGUUGGUCACCGAGUCCACAAGCACCACCUGUCAGCUGUCCACCAGGACUAGAGUAUCUCACACAGGUGGAUCAGCUCUUGGUCAAACAGAAAAUUGAAGCUUUGGAAGCUUUCACUGGCUUUGAAACUAACAACAAAUAUGAAGUGAAAAACUCCAUGAACCAGAGAGUGUUUAUAGCAGUUGAAGAUACUUGCUGCUGUACUAGAAAUUGUUGUGGGUCAGCUCGACCAUUUGACAUGAAGAUCAUGGACAAUCAUAAGAAAGAGAUUAUUCACCUGUCCAGACCUCUCCGCUGCAGCACCUGCUGGUGCCCUUGUUGUUUACAGAAACUAACUGUUGAGGCUCCAAAAGGGUCUGUGAUUGGAUAUGUUCGUCAAGCGUGGAGUCUUUGUCAUCCUAAAUACAAGAUCAACAAUGCUGAAGACCAAACCAUGCUACGUAUUAAAGGGCCAUGCUGUCGAUGUAAUAUUUGUGGUGAUAUAGAGUUUGAGGUGACCUCCCCUGAUGAACAAACUCAUGUUGGACAAAUCACAAAGCAAUGGUCUGGCCUGGCUAAAGAAGUGUUCACCGAUGCUGAUAACUUUGGCGUUACCUUCCCCUUGGACCUGGAUGUGAAAACUAAAGCUACAGUGUUGGGAGCAGUGUUUCUUAUUGAUUUUAUGUACUUUGAACAUGACAGCGGAGAUGUGAAGGACGAAGCCAAAAGACUGAGAGGCUAAAUUUUAAUACAGUAUGGACACAGGGUACAGUGUAAUCAGUAUAUCUUUUUUUAUUCUACUUGAAUUUUAUGUAUGAUGUAUUAACAUUUUUUUGUAUAUUUAACCAUAUUAAAGCCAGCAUGCACUGUGGCUUUCUUUUUACUGUAAACCUUUAUACAUAUUUUUAAAAGUCUUCCUUGAAUGUGAUUUGUUUAUUUUAUAGAUACAUUUGAAUAUUGUUAUAAAGAUGUAUGUAUAUAAUGUAAAAGAAAGAGAAAUUGAUCAUCAAAAAGACAUUCACGUCUUUAUUUCACAUUGGGUUUAAAGUAUCUUCUUUUUGUUUGGGGAACAAUUCAUUAAAUAGUGUAACCACUCACUCGCUUGCCAGAAGACGGAUUUAAUGAGAUCUUAGAAUUAUUUUAUACAUAUGAAUUGUAUGCCUUAUUUUGGCUCUUUUUCAAAGAAUUUGAUGCAAUGUUUUUAAGGGUAAAAUCAUUUAAUAAAUGAUAAGUUGUUGUUUUUGUAAGCCCUGUACUGAGAUCAUUAACUUGUUGACUGUAUUUACCAAAUUGAUAGUGCAUCUUCUCACUACAUUCAUUUAUGAAAUGAAUGCUAUCAGUACCUUGAAAUCAAGCAAUAUUCUAUAGAUCUCAAGCCAUGUCUAUUUUAUUCUUUUUCAUUAGUUUCUGUCAUGGUCUAUUACAUUUAUCAAUUAAUCAAAUGAAUUAAUUAAGAAAUAAAAAAAUUUGAGUCCUAUAUUACAGUCUGAAACAAACAAAAUUAAAAAAUUAAAAAAACGUGGCAGUAGAGAUUUUGUUUUGGUUUCUAAUUCAUAGAUAAAAAUAAAAUAACAUAAAUAAAAAUAGAUAAAAAUAAUAACAUUGUUGUAUAUUUUCAAGUAACUUGUUAGCCAUACAUGUCUUUGGUUCAAUUUCUUUUUGAUUAGCCGAAUUCCCCAGAACUUACACAACAUUUUGAAAUGUAUAUAAAAUGUUAAUAGACAACUUAUUGUCGAAAUAUUUUAGAUAGAUCUACUUAAUUAUUAUUAAUUUAUUUUAUUUACCAAAUAGUUUACUUAGCAUUUAUUCACUACUAGUUCUGGUUAUUAUUUAUUUUUGCUUCCUAGGCAUUUUUUAACCAAGAAAUCUUUAGGUGACAAGUUUUUUAAUAGAAAAAAAAAAGAAAAUUUUUUAUUUGGGCCAGUACAUUGUAAUUUAAAAUAUGUAAUAUUUAUAACAGAAAUGUAUGUCUCAAAAAUCACUCUAUUUAAUGUGAUCAUUUUAUAAUCACUUUUUUUGUGAAUUAAUAAAUUAUAAUGUUCUUGUUUAUCAGAAAUUAGUUCGAUAGUUUUGUGUGAAUUAGUUGUGCCUAAUGGAUAACUGCUUAACUCUUUCUCUCCAUAAUUAUUUAUCACAUUCUGGUGGAAUCAACACUGGUAUCGCCAGUUAGGAGAGAAAAAGUUAAUAAGUAAAAAUUAU